CACCGGAGCGCAGCAUCAGACCGCCGGUGGGCGAGUCCCGGGUGUGUCUGUCUGUCUGCGUCCAGGAGAGCGAGCGCCUUAACAACACCGAGAGGGGAGGGAAAUAAAAUGUUGGGGAAUCGACAGCAUUGACAUCUUCACCACUAUACACUUGUUGUGGUUUUAUUUUUUUGGCUUUUGGCGGAGGACUGAAACAUGAAGAAACAUCACAGCCCCGCGAAGGGACCACUGGAAGUCACCGUGCCAGACACCGAGGCGACCAUUCAACAACUCAACAAGCUGCUGUCCAACGGGAGCGGUUUCUACAGCCUCCCAGCACAACAUUUCAACGAGGUCUUUCCCAAGAUUUACAUCGGCAAUGCGUUUGUGGCCCAGAAUGUGAUGCGUCUACAGCGUCUAGGUGUGACACACAUACUGAAUGUCGCAGAGGGAAACUCUUUCAUGCAUGUGAACACCAACGCAGAGUUCUACGCAGGAACUGGUAUCACUUACCAUGGCAUACAGGCCAAUGACACUGAGCAGUUUAACAUCAGUGCCUUCUUUGAGGAAGCAGCAGACUUCAUCGAUAAGGCUCUUGCACAUGGAAAAGGAAAGGUGUAUGUUCACUGCCGUGAGGGCUACAGCCGUUCGCCUACUGUCGUCAUCGCUUACCUCAUGCUCAGUCACAAGAUGGAUGUACGAGUUGCAACAGCUACAGUAAGACAUAAGAGAGAGAUCGGCCCAAAUGAUGGAUUCCUGCGCCAGCUGUGUCAACUCAACGAAAAGCUGGCAAAGGAGGGCAAAUUGAAGACCAAAUGAUAGAAUGUGCUCUACCCCCACAUAUAUUCACAAAUGCAGGCACACAAUCAAACUAGUGUGUACUAUUUCCAGUCCUAGUAUAUUAACAGAAUGUAUGCAUACAUCCAGAGCAUAAGCAUGGAGAUAUACAAAGUGAAUUCCAACACACUCUCACUUACACACUCACACAAAGUGUUGUCAGUGUCCUGAAUAAUUACCCCUGCUUCCAGCUGGCUGGUAAAGGGAACUCUACUGGCAUAUCUGAAUAAUUAAGGCUGUAGAAGGAGCAAGGGCAGCAUUUUAUAUGUCAUCACAACUGUUUUGUUUUCUGCAUCAUUCCCCAUGAUAAUAAGCUUUUGUUUUUUCAAUAGCUACACCUAAAGCAUUCCAGUACCCAACUGUUUGUAUAUCUCACAAAUUCAACUUUUGGAGCAUAUUUGCCCAAUUGUCAUCUGAAAAAUUUGAGCACAAUCAUCUUAUGGGUUCCGAUUUGACAAACACUGCGAUUGUCCCAUUUCUAUUUGUAUGUGGUACAAUAAGAUAUUUAGGUAGAAAACAAUCAUGUCGAAUACACCUUUUAACCUAUUUACAGACCAACAGCCAGAUUUUUGAUGGCUUUCCAGCAUUUUAAAUCAGGAGGACAAAACUGUUGUGUACCAGCACACACCCCUUUUGCUCACUAAAUUAACAUUCCACUUUGUACCGAAUGGUAGCAUACAAUCAAACAAGAUAUAUCUACAACAAACCAGCUGUAUGUUGUAGCUCAGAUUCAACAGAUGCUACAAACAGGUUCAACCCGGUUCUAUGCAGCAGUGAUAAUGCAUCAGCCCCAUUAGAUCUUUUUACUCUUGAAUCACUGUCUCACACUGCCAAGUCUCAUGCCACAUUUUGUCCAUCCCAAGAUCACAUUCAGCCUUGACCAGAGAGACCCAUCUGAUAGAUGGAGAGCCUCUGCCAUGCCAACUGCCUAAUGAUGUGCCCUUACUCAAGGUUUGUUACCUAGAGGUCCAGUGCCCCUUCAUACGUUAGUUCAGAGAUCGCAGGAAGCGUGUCAGUGACAUCUGUGUGGUAGAGUGUAGAUCAGAUUUUUAAGGGUAGCUGUCGAUAUAGAUUAGGUUUACUUUGGGUUCAGCUUUGUCCUUAAAACAGAAUCACUUUAGCACUGGAAUUGACUCAUUUUGCUGGACUGUUGGCUUGUUUCGGGUUUUAAAGGGGUCAUAUCGUAUGUAUUUUUAUCAUUUAAUUAUUUCCCCCGAGGUCCACUUAUAACGUUAGUCCAAUUAAGCAGGCCGUUUUUGCUGCUGUGCCUUUAAGACUUCUAUGUAAGCAUCCUUUUUGCAUGUGAAGGGACUUACAUUGAUGAGUAACUGAUAGUUGUCGGUAUAGUUUAUGCUGUCCAUUGUUCAAUAACAGCAUCGCUGCAGCAGAUUCACAAAAACUUCUGCAUUGAAAUGUGCUGUUCAAAACAGAUCAGAAUUUAACAGCAGAACUUUCCCACAUUUCACUCUUUAUUAAGUUUUUGAAUAAAAGUAUCCUGCCUA